AGUUAUAUGUUAGUGUUGUAUUUGAAGUGUGGCAGAAGUUCAAACGGAGGUUCUUUCAAGAGUACUUAGCAACAAUGACGCCCUUUUAUGGCGUGUUGUGGAUCGUGAUCUUAUUGGUGUUGGUGUUAGCUAAAUAUAUAGGUGCGGCAGUUUAUUGGUGCUUUAACAAAUUGACAGCAAAAUCUUAUAGCAAAAUGAGCAGAUCAAAAUCACGACGCGAUUAUUGGAAAAUGACAAAAGGGAAACCAAACCAACGGCAGAGAACCAUUUCCACGCCAUUAAUACUGAAAACCCCGAUAGACCCGACAGUUCCAGGAAAGCAUGCGGUUCCAAAAACUAUAGAGAAAUAUGAGAUGUACAAUAAAAUCGAAAAUGGCAGAUUCAUAUGGAUAUGCAAUUUCGGUGAUCCCAAAAACGAAAUCGCCAAGAAUUUGCUCGAUGGCGAAGACAAGAUUGAAGAUUUAUUCAUCGGACAAGAGCCACACACAAUAAAGUUUAAAAAAUAUGAGAGGAAUAGGGAAUAUAAAAUUAAACAUGCGAGAAACACCUGCCAAUGGAUGUUGAAAAAGGAGCUUAAUGUAUACACCGAUUGCUUUAUUUGUAUAAUAUCCUCAUACAGCAAUGACACACAUAUAUUUAACGAUGACUCGGAAGAAAGUAUUGCCUCAUUUUUAAGUCUUGAUAACCAUUCCACUAAUAAGAGGCUUCAAAACAAUCCGAAGAUUUUGAUAUUCGACUUGCAUGAUACGAAAUCUAAGAGAGAGGAGUUUCUGUGGAGCCAGUGGAAAGUCAAUUCGCACAGGGAAAAGCACCUUUCACUGCUUGCACCUGGUAGUACACACGGAGACUGUGAUAUUUUGUUGAUGCUGAGGUAG